UUGGAUGACUGCGCCUAAUUCGAACGACUUGCGAUACCUCAGCAUCCCCCGAUGGGGGAAAAGCCAACUGAGGAGAAAAUAAAAGUAAUUCUACGUUCUGGAGCUCAAAAACCAUGUGAACACGACCGGGUUAUUGUCGAUGUGUCACUCGUUGUUGAUACUAAAGCGAUUUUUCAGAACCAGAUUAUUACUUUUGAUGUGGGUCAUGCAGAAGACUUUGGAGUUAUGAAGGCUGUGGAUGAUAUUGUCCAAGGCAUGGGCUGUGGCGAACACUGUGAAGUGACUCUGACAUCUGACUAUGGCUUCACAGAUUUGGAGAGGGCAUUUUUGAAAAUCAGUGAUGAAUCUACUCAUAAAUUGGUGUUUAACAUACAUCUCCAGGAUGUUCGAAAGCUUGCAGAGUUUUGGCAAAUGUCUGAAAGUGAAAAGUUUGUUGUGGCUGAUGUGAUGAAAUGUCGUGGUAAUAAGCUUCUAAAAAUUGGAUCAUUGGUUCGUGCGUUCAACUGCUACAAAAAAGCUAUCAGAAUCUUAGAGGGAAGCAUUAGUGUGACUGAUGAAAACUAUACUGAUCCAACAAUGACAGAUUACCAAUUAUCAAAACCUAGUCCACGUCAAUUAUUAGCUAUUUGCCUAUCUAAUGCAGCCCAUUGCCUGUUUAAAUUUGGCACGACAUGCACUGUCAAUCCAAAGAAGUCUCAAUUCGACUACCUUUAUGCAUGUAUCAAAUGCUGUGAGCGAGCAGUCAAUCUCGAACCAAACUAUAUAAAGGCAUGGUUCCGUUUAGCCAAGACUCAUGCUUUAUUAGGGAACUAUGAAGAAGCUCUUAGAACUGGAGGGAAGUGUCUCACAUAUUCUGCCGAUGAAAACUGUUAUGGCUCUAAAUGGAUUAGCAUCGAUGAACGCACAAAAGUUGAUAUCAGCAACAAAAUAAAAACACUACUGUCAGAAUGGCGUGUUUCAUUAGCUAGUGAAGAAAAAACUGAAAGAUCCAUUAUUCGGAACCGAACAGUUCAAAAGUAUUCAUCUUUCGGAGAUUGGUGUUAUGAUGAAAUGGAUGAAAUUGAAAAAUUGCCUAUUUCUGUAUGGUCAAAUGACCUAGCAGAGAAUAUGAUGUCUCUUCAUGAAGAGCUUGAAGCAUUUGGAGAAAAAAUGCCUGAAUUCAAAGCUUCCAGAGCAAGGGGUAAAGAUAGAUUAACAACAAUUCAAGAUGAAGACACCGAUGAAGACAGUUUCCAGCAGAAUAUGAUUUAAGUACCAAGUAUCCACACAAACAGUCAAAUCGACGUCGCAUGAUUAGAAAAAUAAACCCUG